CGAUCGAUGUUGUCUGCAAAGCUUACCAGCAAUGCUCAUGGUCAGGAUUCUUCCUACUUUCUUGGAUGGGAAGAAUACGAGAAGAAUCCCUACCAUCAAAUCGACAAUCCCAAUGGUAUCAUCCAGAUGGGUCUUGCUGAAAACCAAUUAUCGUUUGAUCUUCUUGAAUCUUGGAUAAAAAACAACCCAGAUGCAACUGGGUUCAAGAAAGAUGAUCAAUCCAUCUUUAAAGAACUUGCUCUCUUCCAAGAUUAUCAUGGCCUUCCUGCUUUCAAGAAUGCAUUAGUCCGAUUCAUGUCAGAAACAAGAGGCAACACUGUUACCUUUGAUCCAAAAAACCUUGUCCUCACCGCCGGCGCCACCUCCGCCAACGAAACGUUAAUGUUUUGCGUCGCGAACCCCGGCGACGCUUUCCUCAUUCCCACGCCAUAUUAUCCAGGAUUCGAUAGAGACCUCAAGUGGAGAACUGGAGCUGAAAUAGUUCCGAUCCAGUGUUCAAGUUCGAAUGGUUUCCGGAUUACCAGAUCGGCACUUGAAGAUGCUUACCAACAAGCACAAAAACAAGACCUCAAAGUGAAGGGUGUUUUGAUCACAAAUCCUUCGAAUCCGUUGGGCACGUCGUUGAGUUUGCAUGAGCUCGAUCUUCUCGUCAACUUCAUCUCCACCAAGAACAUCCACCUCAUCAGCGAUGAAGUUUACUCCGGCACCGUUUUCGGUUCACCAAACUUCGUUAGUAUCAUGGAGGUUUUAAAGAACAGAAACCUCGUCAACAACGAAGUUUCGAAGCGAGUUCACAUUGUUUACAGCCUCUCAAAAGAUCUCGGCCUCCCGGGUUUCCGAAUCGGAGCGAUUUACUCCGGCAACGAGGAUAUCGUCGCCGCCGCAACAAAAAUGUCGAGCUUUGGGUUGAUUUCGUCGCAAACUCAGUAUCUACUGUCGGAAAUGCUGUCUGAUCGGAAAUUUACAAAAUCCUAUUUGUCGGAGAAUCGCCGGAGGUUAAAGAAACGGCAGGAAACGCUCGUGAAAGGGCUUCAGAAGUCGGGAAUCCGGUGCCUGAAAAGCAACGCCGGUUUAUUUUGUUGGGUGGAUAUGAGAGAUCUCAUGAAGUCAAAGAGUUUUGAAGGGGAAAUGGAACUGUGGGAGAAGAUGGUGUAUGAGGUCCGGUUGAACAUCUCACCCGGUUCAUCUUGCCAUUGUAGUGAACCGGGUUGGUUUAGGGUUUGCUUUGCAAAUAUGUCCGAUGAAACCCUAGCCCAAGCCAUGCAACGGGUCAAAUCAUUUGUCGACUCGAAGAAAAAUAACCAUAACCGUCGUCAUCAGAUCCUCAACAACGCUAGAAGAACAAGAUCGCUACCCAAAUGGGUUUUUUCGCUAACGUCUACCCAAUUAGAAGCUGUGGGGCAACGUUAGCCGAUCGA